AUGAAUGCUCUCAACAUCGAGGACCUUUUACUUGCGGCCAUUAAGCUUCGAAGCAGAGCAAGGCUCAAACAUUUGUGCGAGGGGGUUUUGAACAAGUGCGACACGUUUCGAAUCCCUCCAGCUUGCGUCACCUUGUUGCAGCCGAGAAAGGCACACACUGCAGGCGACAGAAACCGCACAGCACUUAUUGAGGAUGUCCUACGUAUUCAGCUCGAACCCGACGGCAGCGCCGGUGUUGACUUUAGAAUAUUCGACAUGACUGGCGGCGUCUACGUCCGUCCUUACGGAGCCGCCGCGCUCGUCUCAGAUGUGGAAAAGUCCCCCGAUUCCAUAGUGUGGAAAGGCACCAAGAAUUUUGCCGACCCCAACGCGGAAUUGGACGCCGUCUUGAUUGCCCUCGAGACCAUCCGGGCCCGCUUGAAGCUCAACGCUGCUUCUCGUUCCGUUUGUGCCCUGGAUGCCGGUGUGUCUUGCACACUGCCGCCGGGUACAGCCUCCGUAGCAGCAAUGGCAUCGUUUGAGCGUGCUGCAAGCCAACUGGUACCGCCAUUUGCGCCGCUUGAGCGACGGAACCCGCGCCGUUUUCUCACGCUAUCCCCUCCACCACCAAACAGGAAUAUUUUACAUAUCAUUCAGAAUGGAGCAACCCCACACGCUCAUGCGCGCACUCGAACGUCGAGUCAGCGAGGAGUGGACCGCGGCGGUUCGGCAAAGCGUCCGAGGCUGACGUAUGCUACGACGAGCGAUGCUCUGGUGUUCAUCCAGGAAAGCGUUCUCGCUGGAGAGCAGUGGCUUAUUGGGACUCCGAGGUCUUCUGCGCAGAGUCCUUUGCCAAUGUCAAGACUCAAUCGCUCAGAAAAGGAGCCCAUCGAUCGCUACGGUGGAACGGCGGCGGCGGCGGCGGCGUGGGCUGUCACAAGAGAAGUUGUGGAGCGGAGGCUACGACGGGACUCGUUGCUACGUGCUUUCGUGGCUGCGAAUGUGGCAUCUGCCGCACAGACGCAUCACCCAAGGAUUACAGAAGAGGGUGACCUGCGGCUCGAAUCUGCCUCUAGGGUCUUAUUGAAAGUCAAGUGUGAGCCACUCCCAGUGCAAAGGGCUGAAUUGCUUCUGCGCGGGUUUGACGCCUGGCAGGUUCGGCUGUCGUUGCUGCCAAGGAUCUUUGACAGUACAGAUCCCCAAAGCUUCUCACACGACGAAAGUUCUGCGAGCAGCGACAACGCAGGAAGAUAUGGCAAUCUCUGGUCAGUUGGUGUGGCAUGUACAGGUUCAGUGCUGACGUUUACUUAUCCCUCCGCAAACGCUUCUUCUGUCCGAAGCUUUUUCCGCGACCUAACUCGGGCUCGGACAGCUGCAGCGCUUGCGCGGGGCGUCCCACCUUCUCCAUAUUACAGAGUACUUCGAAGAUCACCAGUAAGGAUCGUCGUCGGUCUCGGACCCUACGGGCGGAAGAAGACGGGCCUUGCAAAAUCAGAAAAUGGUUUUCCUACUGACGCGUCGAAAAAAGAGGAACCACCAAAACCCCAAUACACGGCCAUGGUGGAGUAUGUAUAUUCCAAAGGGAACAGCGGCGGCUUCAGCUUGUCGUUUUCCCCAUCAAAACCCACGAUGGAGGAACUAGCGCCUCUGAUAGAGGAGGCCUUGGAUGCGUCGGGCGGUCAAGUUGGUGGAAUCCUGGCAGGGCUUUUAGAACGAGCCUGCCCCGUAGCUGCCGCUGCUGAAAGUGCAGUCCGACAGCGAGUGAGCGGGAGAAUUCGAUUCGUCACAGCGCUACGCGUGAGAGCUGUGUUUCUGGUAAAUCGGAAGUCUGGCACAAAGGAUGCUUCGAUGGCACAGCAAGGAACAAAUCGAACUAAUCCGGUUCCUCAAGCGGUUCCUCAAGCGGGUCCUCAAGGAGGUCCUCAAGUCUACCAUGCCGUCGACGUUGAUGCAAGAGGGGGAAGUGGGCUCGUCACAGUGAUUGACGUCGGGAGGGCUACAGUUGUAAUGAUUCAACAGGGUUUUGCGAGUCGAUCAGGACCAUCUGGGGGGAACAAUCCAAACUGGAGGAACGACUUUGCUCCAUUGCCAAAAUGGGAUGAUAUUGUGGAUGAGCUCACAAAGGAAGGUUACGCAGAGGCACAGCGAGCUGGUUCAACCGUUGUUCUAAAGAUGGAAGUCUUGGAACAAUUUUUGUCUGAUCUCGUUACCGCCGCUCUUGGUUGA